AGUAUAUUAUUAUCCUCUAUACAGAAGAGGACAUCGCGCACGUGCACCAAACUUAUCCUUGAAGCAUGCGUCUAGAUACACAGUUGCUAAUUCGUAUACAACGCUUAACAUCGUGUAAUCUGUUAGCAAGAUCAUAUUCAACUGCACAGCCUCAUCAAAAGGAAAAAUUAAAAUAUAAAUAUCCCAAAGUUAAAUCAGAAUAUCCUCCAGGAAGAUGGGAUGAAGAAAAUAUUAAACCAAAAGCUGCUUGGAAAGUGUUUGAAGAAGGAGAAAAAAUAAAAUCAAUUCCUAAAGUAAUAGAUCGCUUGGAACACAUAGCCGGUGAGGAGGAAUGUCGCUUCUUCUACGUAACCCCUGGUAGAAAUUACACCAGAGCCAAAUUAGAAUAUGAGCAAUUUUUAACUCAAACUCAUCUUAUUAACAAUGGAAAGCUACCUGAUAUUUACGAAAAUUUAGAAUACAGUAAAUAUUUGGACCGUACGAAAUCUUUACUGGAACAAUCGUUUGAUUUACAGAAAUUUCAAUAUAGAAAUCUGAAUAGUCUAUCUCAAAUUGAUCAGAAGCAUCAAAUAGCUCAAGCAUCGUUUAAACAAUUAUUAGGUAAUUUAUUACCCGAAAUUUCUUCCAAAUAUAAACAUUUAUGGACUUGUCAACUUGAUGAAAAUGUCCUAACGCAAGCUUUUUGGGAUAGAGGACCAAUAAUUCAAACAGAUGACGACGGAGAUUUAAAGAAAGUAGUUAAAUUCAGAAACCCUGAUAAUCUAUCCAUAAGAUUUGCAGUAUUAGGAGAAGCAGAUUUCCAGAUAAGAACUGAAGAUCCUUUACCAAAUUUUAUUGAUAUGGAAUCUGAAACCUGCACGUUAUCGCCGAUACCCUAUUUGCCUGUUCAUCCACUUUGUCAUGGUUAUCAUAGUCAGGUCGGAAGAAGAAAAAAUGUUAAUGGUCACUUACUGGGUGACCCAUGUGAAUUUACUCAUUUAAGAAUUCAUAUUCUGAAAGAUAGUAUAGAAAAUGGUGAAAAAUUGGACGAUUGGGAUAUUUUACAUUGUGGUCUAAUGAGCUCGUUUUCCUCAACUAUGGCCCAGGCACACAAUAAUGGAUUUAAUAUGUUUAACGAUCUUCCGUUUCCGUUCGUGACACAAACUCUGGUUACAAAUGGAGAAUGGGUUCAAGGUUUCUCUUACCAACUUAACAACAUGAAAUUAUGGCAAAAGGACGGUUUGAGAAAUAUUUGCUGGUCGACACCCAAGUUAAAUCUAAAAGAUGCUGAAGGAAUUAGUUUGUUAAUGAAAUUCUUAGUUCAAAAAACGCAAUACAGGGAAAAUUCUAGGAUUGCCUUACCAGAAGACCCUUCGCCGGCAUCUAAAGAAAAAUUUAUAAACUUUAAAGGCGAAGAAGAGUUGCCUUAUCAAAAACUCGAACGCUAUCAAGCACCUAAAAAAGCAUUGUAUUAUUAAAAAUAAUGUUGACAACUUAGGCCUAUAAUUUCGAUUAUUUUGUUUAUAUUUAUAAUACACAUUCGAGAGAUGGCGUUGCCAAUUUAAA